AGAGCGUUGGCGCUCGUUCUUGACGGCUAUGGCCGAUCGGGUCGUGAGGUCGUGGGUGUGCGGCGGUCUCAUCGGCGCGGGGGCCUUCGGCAGCGUGAAUUUGGCGGUGGACAACGAAACAGGGGAUCUGUUCGCGGUGAAAUCGACCGAGUGUAGCGGCGGGCGGUCCAGCGAUGGCGCGCUGCUGGCGCUGGAAAACGAGCUGUCGAUCCUCCAGAGCCUCCAAUCCUCUCCCCGGAUCGUCAAGUGCCUGGGAUCGGCGUGGUCGAGCUCGGCGGAAUCGGGGCAGCCGGUGCGCAGCGUCUUCCUCGAGUACAUGCCCGGCGGCAGCAUCGCCGAUCUCAUGGCCAAGCUGGGCGGCAAGCUCCACGAAUCCCUGGCGAGGAUCUACACCCGGGGGAUCCUCGAAGGCCUCGACUUCCUCCACCGGCGCGGGAUCGUGCACUGCGACAUCAAGGGGAAGAACGUCCUCGUCGGCGCCACCGGCGUCAAGCUCGCGGACUUCGGCGCCGCCAAGCGCCUGAGCGGCGCCGCCCCCUACCAGCACCACCAGCAAUCGCCCAUGAUCAAGGGGACGCCGCUGUGGAUGGCGCCCGAGGUGGUCCGGCAGGAAGAACAGGGCACGGCCUCGGACAUCUGGUCGCUGGGAUGCACGGUUCUGGAGAUGAUCACCGGCCGCGCGCCCUGGGGCGAUGUCAAGCACACAUUCUCGGCGCUCUACCGGAUCGGGUGUAGCGAGGAGCUGCCCGAGCUGCCGCGGUGGCUGUCCGAGCAGGGCAAGGAUUUCGUGAUGAAUUGCCUGAGGAGGGAUCCCCGGGAGCGGUGGACGAGCGCCCAGCUCCUCCAGCACCCAUUUGUGAUGGAGGCCAUGGAAUCGCCAUCGCCGUCGCUGAUCGCGGCGCCGCGGCGAGCUAGCGCAGGGGAUUUGGACAGCGUCCAGAUUACCAAGCUCCUGGCGGAGAUGCCGGUGGUGGCGGAGGAGGAGGAGGAGAAAGGAGUCGCGGAGAGGCGGCGAUUGGUUCGUCCCAGAUUGGAAGUUUGCGGCAACUGGGAUGAUCAGGGUCACGGGAGCGAUCCGGGGAUGAGCCCGAGCUCCGCGGGGGGCAAGUGGAUCGUUGUGCGAUCGCCGCAAGGGGGAAACAACUGGAAUCUCCCGGACCCAUUCAAUCUCCUCUCGGAUUUCGAGUCCGGGGAGGAUGGCGAGGUUGUCGAUGCCAGCAGCGAUGAUGAUGAGCGCAAAGCGGUGGAAGUGGAGCUCGAGGUGGAAGAUCAAGAGGAAGAAGAAGAAGAAGAAGAAAAGGGUGUGAGGAGUUUGGAAUCAUCGCCGGUGGAUCAUGCCGAGGAAGAGGCCUCUUCUUCCUCGACUUCUUCGUCUUCUUGCGGUUUGGUUUUCUGUUACGAGUUUUGGGCGUGGACGAAUCCACAACCGAAAUUCUACCGCGCGAGUUUGCUCCAACAAGAAGGCCACCGGAUUGGAUUCCCCCCCGGCUCCUCCUCCUCCUCCAGAUCCGAUCGCCGCCCUUGGCAAUGCGGGAAAGAUCCGCCGCCCCGGCGGAGGAAGAAGAAUCGAUCCAGGAAGAAGAAGAAGAAGCGGAGGAGGCGACGAGGGAGGUGGAUCAUUGCUGCCGCUGACGGCGAUGAUGAGCUAGGAUUGCCGGAUUCAUGCGUGGAGUGCAAGAGCCGGAAGCGUCUCGCAUUGUUCUUGCUUCUGUUUGAUUCCUCGUCAAGAAGAUGGAGGAAGAAAAAGAAAAGUAAAAGAAAAUCCUUGUCUUCCAACCGUAAAAACAGUAGUACUCUUUGGCCCCCCCCUCGCGCAAGCGGCCAGCCCGCGCUUUUUCGCCGUUUAUCUUUUUCCUCUGCGACGGAGCGAGAAACUUUCGCUCUCCCGGGGCCUUGCAACUUGCAACUUGCACUUUGUGCACAUCUCAUUCGCGCACCUCUCGCUCGCCGCCGUGUCACGAGUGUCGCUAUAAGGCUCUGCGCGCUGCUGGUACCAUUAAAACUCGUAACGCUAGCCGGGAAAACACAACGCACCGCUUUUGGGCGAUGGCAAAAGCGAUACGAAGCGAGCGAGCGAGCUGCAAGCGAGCUCUAG